AUGGCCAAGAAGGACAAGCGGCAGUCGCCGCAGACUCGAGUCGACGAUGACGGCGUGCUGCAAAUAGCUCCUCCGCGGACUGUGGGCAACAAGGAGCAGCUGCAGCGGGCCAACUACCUGCUGCAGCUGGCGGCGCUGCACACAAUGCAGAACAAAAGUGACCAGUGGCAGGCGCUGCCCCGCGCGUACCUCGGGACUUUGGAUCUGAUCCAAAAGAAGACGAAGAUUGCGCUGACGCCCGCGCUGAAACGGACUGUCUGCAAGGGCUGCCGGCGCCUCCUCGUGCCGUACCGCACAGUGACGUCGCGCGUACAGAACGAGUCGCGCCUGGGGCGCGAGAACCCGCGCGGCGACGUGCUGGUCCAGACGUGUCUGUGCGGGCGCGCGAAGCGCUUCCCCUUUGGCAAGGACACCAGCUACAAAACCUACACCGAGAGGGACGGCACGCUGCUGGACAUGUCGGGCACAUAA